AUGCCGAACGUUUCUGACAAAGCAAUAGAUGACGAUAUUAAAGAAUCCUUUCCCCCGGUCGGACAAUGGGUAGCAAAAUCCUGUCGAAGUAUUUGCACUCGAAAGCAUUUAUUGAAACGUCUCCCAAUACUGCAUUGGCUACCAUCUUAUAAUCUGAAAUUCCUAGCCGAGGACAUCGUUGCUGGAAUUUCCGUCGGGCUAACUGUGAUACCACAGGGGAUAGCUUAUGCGGUCGUUGCGAAUCUAGAUCCCCAAUAUGGAUUGUAUUCAGCGUUUAUGGGAUGCUUCGUGUACUGCAUUUUCGGAAGCUGUAAAGAUGUGACCAUCGGGCCGACAGCCAUUAUGUCUCUGAUGGUGCAAGUGCAUGUAGCAAACUCGGGAAUAGACUUUGCGAUAUUGUCAGCGUUUCUUACCGGAUGCGUGAUUUUAGUGCUCGGGGUGCUCAAUCUUGGCUUUCUAGUGCAAUUCAUUUCACUCCCAGUGACGGCAGGAUUUACGUCGGCAGCCGCGAUAACGAUAGCUAGUGGUCAAGUGAAAUCCCUCUUCGGUUUGCCGGGCAAAUCAAACGAGUUUCUUGAAGCGUGGAUGAAUGUGUUCGAAAAUUUGCACGAAAUUAGGCUAUGGGACACUGUGCUUGGUGCUACAACGAUCGUGGUGUUGCUGGUUCUAAUGCAAAUGAAAAAUAUGUCUGGUGAAAGCUGUUGGGCGUCGGUUGGAAAAUAUGUUGCACUUGCACGAAACGCCAUCGUUGUUAUUCUGGCAACGCUUUUGGCGUAUCUACUGAGUGAAGCUGGAUAUUCAGAACCAUUUCUCCUAACAGGAAAUGUUACUGCUGGACUGCCUCCCCUGCAGCCACCCCCUUUCACGACGAUACUGGACGGUCGGACAUACAGUUUCUCGGAAAUGAUAGGUGAAAUGGGAUCAUCCCUUAUCACUCUACCCUUGAUCGGAAUUUUAGAAUCCAUCGCCAUUGCAAAAGCCUUUUCGAAAGGAAAGCCAAUAGAUGCAACCCAGGAAAUGAUCGCUCUUGGUUUGUCAAACAUUGCCGGAUCGUUUGUGUCGUCGAUGCCCGUCACAGGAUCUUUCACGCGCUCAGCGGUUAACAAUAACAGUGGGGUCCGCACGCCGUUUGGGGGGAUAGCAACGGGUAUCCUGGUUCUCUUUGCUCUAGGACUACUAACCAAAACGUUCUAUUACAUACCGAAAGCCACUCUGGCAGGUGUGAUUAUAGCAGCAAUGUUUUUCAUGGUUGAAAUUCACACAGCUGUGGAGAUCUGGCGCACGAAGCGAAUUGAUAUCAUACCGAUGGUUGCAACGUUGAUCGCCUGCCUACUCUUGGGCCUGGAAAUAGGAAUACUCUUUGGCGUUGGGACCAACGUUUGUUUCAUACUGUACCAAACAUCUCGGCCAAUGCUCCUCCCUCAGCAAUGCACGAUCGAUGGCAAGACCAUAUUAGUUGCUCAACCUGAUCAACGCAUAGUGUUUUCUUCAGCAGAAUAUUUGAAACACCACAUUCUUAAACAUUCGAACAAAGCGGGGGCACAGAUUGUCAUCCUAGAUGGAUCGCACAUCGCUUCGAUCGAUACGACUGCGGCCAAAGUGUUAGUUUGCAUGACUAAGGAUUUGCAACUACAAAAUCGAACCAUACUUUACUGGAAAUGUAAUCGAGCCACCCGCUUCACGUUGCUCAGAAUGGACAAAACGUUAUUUCAGCCUUUAUUCACGGCCGCAGACAAUCUCGAACAAAUGUUUAAAGAGACAGGAUCUUCAAAAACUAACAAGGAACAGAAUAAGUAA